CCCUCCAGUUUUAUUGACACUGAGGAUGAAGAAGGAUUUGCAAGUGAAAGCGCCUUGAAAUACAACAUCUUUUAGAGAGAGCUCUGCAGUUCGCCUGUUAAGUCUCGAAUUCCACCCUUUGCCCCUGCUGAAUCCACUGUUCUGCCCUUUACUCUCUGGGGUAAAAAACUAAACAACAACAACAAAAACCCGAGGGGAAAAAAAUACCUUUGGCAGCAGGGAAGCUUUGUGUGACUGACCCAACGAGCUACAAGUGUCCAGUUUCUGAAAAGAAGAAAACCCUUUUGUCUUCAGCAGAUCAGUAGAAUUAUUUUGGAAGCGAGGAGAGUAUCAAGUGAUCUGGCCUACUGAAGAGGAGACUGAAGCCAUCUCUGAGUGGAGAUUUUGGACUUGCGGGAAGGCUCUGUGUGUGUCCCACAUGUGGCAGAACUGCUCCUCCUUACCAAGGAACUCAAAGUGAAGGAAAUAGGUCAAGGGCAGCUUUUACAUUCCACCCAAAAGGCACCACAGUUUGAGAUGAGGAAUUCAGAAGAGCAAGCAGCUACGACAGUUUUACAGCGCCUGCUGCAGGAGCAGCUCCGAUACGGAAACCCAAAUGACAACCGUAACCUUCUUGCCUUACACCAGCAAGCCACAGGAAAUGCCCCCCCUUUCAACAGCACUGGGAGUCCAGCAUCUCAGAACGAAGGGCUGAGCUCCCAGGACCACCAGCUUGUGACUCAUGCUGCCCGUCAGGAGCCCCAGGGCCAGGAGAUACAGGUGGACAACAGCAUCAUGGAGAAGCAGCUCUCCCCGCGACUUCAGAACAGCGAGGAUCUCCCGACCUAUGAGGAAGCCAAAGUCCAGUCGCAGUAUUUCAGGGGCCAGCCGCAUGCGAGUGUCGGGGCAGCGUUCUAUGUAACGGGGGUCACCAACCAAAAGAUGAGGACUGAAGGGCGGCCCACGGUUCAGCGGGUGAGCCCAGGGAAGGUCCACCAGGAUGAAGGACUGAAGGACCUCAAGCAAGGGCAUGUCCGCUCCCUGAGCGAGAGGCUGAUGCAGCUGUCCUUGGCCACCAGCGGUGUCAAGGCCCACGCGCCUGUCACGAGCGCGCCACUCUCCCCCCUCUCUCCGCUCUCUCCUCAGCAGUCCAGCGACCCUUACAAAAAUUCUGGCUCCAAUGAGUUCUACAAGAACUCGGUGCAGCCCCCUUCCCAGCCCAACAUGAAAGGAAUGGAGCAGCGGGGUCCUCCUCCAGAGUAUCCUUACAAAAACGUGUCCACCCCAUCUAUGAACUGCAAACCUCAGGACUCGGGACAUUUCUAUAGUGAUCAUCGCAUGAGCCAGCAGGGAAGAUCUGAUGGGGCUAUGAUGAGGUAUCAGCAUCCCCCUGAGUACGGGUCAGUCAGGCAGAACCCAGAUGUGCAGCUGCAGUUACAACAGAGACCACCUCACCACCACAGCCCAACUUCUUCCUUGACAUCCCUGGGAUCUUUGACUUUGCUUCAGUCUCCGCCACCAUCCAGGCUGUCCCCAUCCCAGCAUCAGCAACCUCUGACUCCAAGCCAGGGAGAUCCUGGCAUUCUGCCACGGACCCAGCAGCCAUUCUUAUCAAACCAAGUCCAUCAGGGAGAUUUGUACCGACUAUGCCAGCCCUUCCUAGGCCCGCAGCAGCAGCAAGGCGAUUCCUAUUCAGUAAUGUCCCGAGCUCAGCAGAUACCUUCCCCAUAUCAGCAGAUGCAAGUAGAUCCUUUUGCCAUAGUUUCCAGGGCCCAGCAGAUGGUGGAAAUCCUGUCAGAAGAGAACCGGUCUCUACGACAGGAGCUGGAUGGGUGCUAUGAGAAAGUAGCCCGGCUGCAGAAGCUGGAAACAGAAAUUCAGCAAGUUUCAGAGGCGUACAAAAACCUGGAGAAAUCAUCUUCUAAGCGAGAUGCCCUGGAAAAGGCCAUGAGAAACAAGCUGGAAGGAGAAAUUCGUAGACUUCAUGAUUUUAACAGGGAUCUAAGAGAACGUAUGGAGACAGCCAACAAGCAGCUUGCAGAGAAGGAAUUCGAGGGGUCUGAAGACAAUCGGAAAACCAUCUCUCAACUCUUUGCACAAAACAAGGAAACACAGCGGGAAAAAGAGAAACUGGAAAUAGAACUGGCUGCUGCACGAUCCACCAAUGAGGACCAACGAAGACACAUUGAGAUCCGAGACCAGGCCUUGAACAAUGCUCAGGCCAAGGUGGUGAAACUGGAGGAGGAGCUCAAAAAGAAGCAGGUCUAUGUUGAGAAGGUGGAGAAGAUGCAGCAGGCCUUGGUGCAGCUGCAGGCAGCGUGUGAGAAGCGGGAACAGCUGGAACACAGGCUGCGGACCCGGCUGGAGAGAGAACUGGAGUCUCUCCGGAUGCAGCAGCGUCAGGGUACCUCUCAGACUGCCAAUGUCUCGGAGUACAAUGCCACGGCGCUUAUGGAGCUCCUGCGCGAGAAGGAAGAAAGGAUUCUUGCUCUGGAAGCUGACAUGACCAAGUGGGAACAGAAAUACCUGGAGGAGAGUGUGAUGAGACAGUUUGCUUUGGAUGCAGCUGCAACUGUGGCUGCUCAGAGGGACACAACGGUGAUCAGCCACUCGCCUAACCCUAGCUAUGACACCUCGCUGGAAGCUCGCAUUCAGAAGGAGGAGGAAGAGAUCCUGCUUGCCAACAGGAGGUGUCUCGACAUGGAGGGAAGGAUCAAGACUCUGCAUGCUCAGAUCAUUGAGAAGGACGCCAUGAUCAAAGUCCUGCAGCAGCGCUCCCGGAAGGAGCCUGGUAAGACAGACCAGAUCUCCUCAAUGAGACCUGCCAAGUCGCUGAUGUCCAUAUCGAAUGCUGGCUCGGGCUUGCUGUCCCACUCGUCAACGCUGAGCAGCACUCCCAUCCUGGAGGAGAAGAGGGAGGACAAGAGCUGGAAAGGCAGCCUAGGUGUUCUGCUGGGAACAGAAUAUCGCUCCGAAUCCAUUCCCUCCACCCCCUCUCCUGUCCUUCCUUCCACACCGUUGCUGUCAGCCCACUCCAAAACAGGCAGCAGAGACUGCAGCACCCAGACUGACCGGGGAAACGAGCAGAGCAAAGCUGCAUCUUCCACUGCAGCUCCUACACCAGGACGACUCCCCAGCACCAGCCUGGCCUACAGCACAGACAAAACAGAUGGGCCACUCUUCCACUCCAGCACUCUUGAAAGAAAAGCUCCUGUUCAGACCAUGGGGCAGGACCUCCCAGAUGGAGAGAUGGUAGAAUACCUCAUCUGAAAGGCUGUACGAGGAUCUGAGCUGGCAUGUAGUAGCAAGAAAUUUUUAAAAGACAUUUUUAUUGGGGAAAAAAUGUAGUACCUGAGUAAUAAAAGAACACUCAGCUGUUUGCUCUUGUAUAUUAUGUCUCAAAAGUAUGGACAGGUUAAUUUAUAAUUUGUUCUAAAUUAUAAAAACCCAUAACACUUGUUCUUUGAAAGUUUCCCCCUUUAUUUUUUAAAUACUGGAUCUGGUAACAUCUGGAGAAAAAACAAGAACUUAGGUGCACUACAUCUGGUGUUUCAUUUCAGUAUUUUCAAAGUCUCUUAAACACAAGUACCUACUCUCACAGCUGUUGGUUAAAUGCCUAGCUUGAACGCAGUAAGAUGGGCAUAAUGGCCUUACAAUGAUCAGCACCAGGGACUUAGUUGUGAGCAUCCUUUAAUGGUUUUAGAACAGAGGUGUUCUGAGAAGCUUUUAGAAAUUUGAGCUGUGAUCAAGGGAGAUUUCCCUUUAUGCUUUCUCUUUACACUCAAUGUAAGAACUCAGAAUAGGUAUUUCACAUUCAUAGGCUGGAAAGAUUUCCAUGUUCAGUGUGGUAAUGCUUUUUGGUUUUUUUUUUUACUUCCCUAAUUGUCUUAUUUCUUUAUUAAAAAAAAAUUACUUCGGUGAUUAAUGUCACAUUUCACAUUUUUAGUUUCAUUGAAAGAUUUGCCACACUUUUAUACUUAAGUACUUUUUCAAUAAUUUAUACAGUGGAUAGUAAAUAAUAUAUUGCAUUCAUGUUUUACGUAAAUUAAAAAAGGAGAGUUUACAGGCUCAAUUCUGAUCUGUUAGAUCAGAUUUCUGCCAUUGUAAUUCCACUGAAUUUAGUGGAGCUACUCCAAAUUUACCAUAGUGCAAGUGGCAAGCCCUGUUGCUUUUCAGUGUUAGCAACUUAAAUCUACUGCAUCGGUCGAGAUCUUGCUCCGUAGCAGAGUUUUCUAUAGUUCAAAUGCCCGUUUACUUUGUAUGUCCCUCUUCUUCAGAAAUACUAGAUUUGUUUUCAUAUAGCAAAGCCUCAGAAGCAGAGCUUUAAAGAGGAGCUCUGUGUAAAGUUUCAGAUGGCAAAUUAUCUCCUUCCAAAACAUUAUUUUUCUUCAUCAAACUGGGGAGAGCAGCUUAAAGAAAGUCCCAGAGGCAUUACGGAAGAAAGUUACACAUUUAAGUCAGGUUCACUUUCAGAUUUUUGGGAACUAGCACAGAUGCAGCAAUGCUUUGGUUGCAGAUGCUAUAGGGAGAUACUAAGACCAACAGAAGUAAAUGAGUAUCUUUUUGUUACUGUUUUUGCAUUUUAUUAAAAUACUUCAAUAUUAAUUUCUGUUAAAAACUACUUUUUUUUUAAUUGAAUGUUAAAAUAUUUAAUUAGCCAAUGGUUCCAUGUUGGGAAUCUGGCUAAUCCCAGCUUUCUGUGCAGCAUUAGAGUAGCCAGUUUUUCAUUUCAGCUCAUUUCACCCCAGAAAUAAGGAAAAUCAGCAAUUAAUCAUUGACCCCAGUGAGUGAAUGGUCCUCAGUUCCUAGUUAGUUGACACUGCUGUUAUGGUGUCCGAUCGAAAUGGCCUUACCAGACCAAGAGAUGUAAUGUGAGUUUCCCAGUGGAGGGUUGGGAGGUGAAAGGAGGUGCCUUCCAUCUGCUGCACGGGUGACACAGUGGUGCCUAACGGGCAGCCAUGAGUUGGAUUCUGUUUGUCUUCUACUGAUCAUCACUUGAAAAACAAGGAAAACACUUCCCAUCAUUUCUAGCAGGUUUGCUGCUUGUUAGUGUUCUUCAGGCUGUAUUGCUAGACCCACAGAAGUUAGAGCUGGCAAAAUGCCUUGGAUAAAAUAUGAACUCGGUCUGAAUAGCCUGGCUUUACCAGCGACUGCUCUAACAGGCAGCACAAACUUCCUUCUAUCACCACUACUUAAGAUGCUUCAGAGCUGCACUUUAAGGCUGUGAAUGUCUCUGCCGUAUGGGACAGUGUCUUUCUGGACAGAGCAGUAGAACUUCCCCAAGUGUAUUCUAAUAAUCUGUCUGAAUUAGUUCUCCACCUUUUUCUAGACAAACUGUUCACAGCCUCGUCGUUCUCAUCCCCGAGAAUGUGUUACAUUUAUUUCUCUUGGCUUAAUUCCAGCCCAUUAUAUGAAGUAAUGCCCACUCUGGAUGAUAUGAAGUGAUUUCUCUUCCUCCUCCACAGUUGUUGAAAAUGCAGGAGAAGCUUUUCUGAUUAGCUCAAGGUGUCCAUCUUUCUGCUAUUUCAGCAUAAUUUUUUAUGUUGUAUUUUGUGGUUUGAGCAGUAUGAAAGAAGGUUUGCAGCUGUAGGGCUCUGGAUAAACAGUUCCAACUUGCUUGAUUCACGUUAAUUCUAAAACGUCUAGGGAAAUUUGGAUCCUUUGCAGAUAAAAUCUGUUUUAGAAAACUGAUUUUCCCCAAUUGAUGCUGGCUGUUCAGCUGGUCUAGGUAAAAAUAAUUUGUUUAUCAUCCUUGCAGCUCAUUGUUUUCAAACUUAAUGCCUUUGUAAUCUAUUUUUACAAAGAAAAAAGGACAUAAUAGCUUUCUGUGGAUAAAAUGCAGAUUAUGGACAGUAACCAUCUCCUCCAAAAAUGGAAGCUAGGUGGUCUCUGACAGUCCAAGGCAUCAGGGUUGCAAGAGCCUUAGCAGUUCUAUGCCCAUGGAAGUAAAUUUGGAAGAAGAUGGUGCAGUUUUAUAUUGUUUAGGUCAGGUUCUUCACCCUAUUUUGUAGCUCUUCCAAAAGUAGAACCCCCAAAACUUUUGCUUUUGACAUGGAAGUUUGAGGUCAUCUUCCCGCGCUGACAAACUAGGAGCCAUCAGGAAUGUAUUGUUUUCCUUGAGCUUCCUCAGAGCCAUCCUGAUGUGAAUGUAAAAGAGCUGCUUGCUUUGAGGAAGAUGUGUACUAUAGUCUUCAGUCUCUCUGUACAGAUUUUUAUUUUGUUUUUAAACAGGAACUGCUUUAAGGAGACAAACUGCACACCUAGUUCCUUUUCCUUCUGUAGAGCUUAUUUCAAGUAGAAAGUGAUUUUUAACACAAUGAUUGCAAUGACCUUCUUUGCAAACCAAAAUUUUAGACUAAGAGUUUUUCUUAAACUCGGGUAUUAGAAGCAGAAUUGUAGCUUUUAUAAAGAAAGCCACAUAUUCUCCUUUGUAGAGCAAAACAAGAAAAUCAAAUUUAGUUAUUUUUCCUCUUUCCUUUCACUGCUUACAAAAUGGCCAAACUCACAAGUCCUUCCCUUGGGCAGUUCCUUUGAGAUUUAAUGGCUCGGGGAACUGCCUGAGAUCUAGAGGCUUUUGUUCCCAUCUGGCCCGAUGUUAUUCUGAACUUCAAAUAGCUCCUACCUGGCAGCUCUUGUGGGGUCUGGAGCAGCAGUUUUCUGUGGUCUGAGGACUCAUGGGGAUCUGCGAGUUGCUCCCCAAGAGUCUGCAAAGGGUGGCCAAGGUCAGCAAGUAGUGUCCGGGGGCUGAAAUUCUUUCUGUGUGGUCUCUGCCUCUGUUGUCAAGUUUGUAGAGUGAGAGGCUGAAAACAGGUAUUAGCUUGCUUUGGUUUUGAGGUUGCCUGAGCAAGGGGACUUGCAGGAUUUGAGGCCAGAACCAUUUCCAAGGACACCUCCUGCUCCAGGAGCCCACACCGAUGACCAGCAGUGCGUGAGACGUGUAACAACCGUGUCCCGUGAGCCGUGACACCCGUACAGUGAAUCCCCACCACCGUGGCUGGACGAUGUGCUUUUUCCAUUGCUUAUCCAGUGGUGGCAACAUAACCUCGGGGCAGUCAGGACAAGCAAAACCCCAGGGGUGGUGUGGCUUUCUCUCCCUCCCCACGAGGGCUGGCACAGGUUGGCCCGGGAUUCACUGUGCUUCUCCACGCCACGGCCAACGGGUUUGCUCCGUGGAAAGAGUGAGGGGCUGUGGGGUGGGGGGAUCUCUUUUCAUGUAUUUGUAUAGGAACUGUUUUUUAAAAGCUAGCAUUUUUAUGUCUAGAAAGUUAAAAGACAUUGUAAAAUGUAAUUGUACUGUAUUUAUGAAGAAAAUACAUUUCUUUUCAAAAAGA